AUGCAGCUGUCAUCGCUUGUCGAGCAGCUACAACAGGAAUGCGGCAGCCUGAAACUGGGUCUUGCGGACAUGAGCGAAAAGCUGUUGUGUCGCGAGCAGGAGCUGGCGUCGGCAGCCAGCGAUCGUGACAAGAUGGCAUCACAGGUGAAGGAGCUGGAAGAUGCGAGGGUGCAGAGUGAACUGGAACAGACCACAGCCAGGAUACAGGCAGAAGGCAACGCCAUCAAGGCCACCAUAGUGCAGCUGGAGGAAGCAAAGGCCACUCUCGUGGCAGAGGUGUCGCAACCGAACAACAGGAGCACGCAGCUGAACAUUCGCAUCUCUGGAAUGGAGAACGAGCUGCAGCUGACGAAUACCACAACUUCCACGCUUCAGUCUCGGCUUUCUAUUCAAGCAAGCCACUUUCAAACGCUUCGCCAACAGCUCGCCGACAAGGACCAGCAGAUUGCUGCACUUGACGAUAAGUCAGCUGCUUCUGAUGCCAUGAACCAGGAGCUACUCAAGUCAAACGCUGAGCUGAACGCAGCUUUAGGAACGUCGGAAGUGGAAAAGGGGGCACAGGCAGAAAGGACGUGUGAAGUCGUAGCAGAGAACACGAAGCAUCUGGAUGCAUUGUUGCAACAGAAUUCAGAGCUGCUUGCUCUGGACACAACACUUAAGAAUCUUGAGCCGAAGCUUACAGUAUCGGUUGGAAGAAGUGAAUUGCGAUCAUCGCAACCGUUAGUCAGCGAAGAACGGUGUGCAAAACUUAAGGAAGCCCUUGCCACGCUGCGCACUGAACUAAAGGCAAGUCGGUCUCGCUGCACAGAGCUCGAGCAACAGCUGAGUCUGGCUGGAUGCGAGGAAGAGUAUCAGUCAUGGCGACUUCUGGAAGUACUAAAUGAACUGAACAGUGUUACGCGCAGAGCAGACAAGCUUCGAGCACGGGUACAGGAGCUUGAAGUCUCCAAGCAACAGCUGGACACACUCUCCUCCGAGCUUCAGCAGAAGCUGAGUGAGAGUGAGUGCCAAAACAGACAGUUGAAAAAAGCUACUGCGGAAUGCGCCAAGAUUGAACAGUGCAUUGAGAAGAGCGCAGCUGAAAAGGCUGAAAUAGAGGUUCGCUUGGAGAACGAAGCACAGGUUGUUCAUGCGCUCAAAGAAAAGUGUGCUGAGCAUGUGGCUGCGAAUGAAAACCUCUGCACUGUAAAUGCAGCAUUCAAGAGUACCAUCGAGGAAGCCAAGCUCAAAAUGGAGCACCUCGAAGCCAGGAUUGAAGCGAUGAAUAACGAGAACUGCGCAUUACGGAACAAUCUUGAGGAGAAAAGUCAGAGACUCGAUAGCUUGCUAGCAGAAAAGCAAAUGCUGCAGCUGAAGCUGUCUGAUGCAACUGCUGCCUGCGGCGCUCUUCAGAAGGAAGUGUGCGAGGUUAGGACAAAGCUGCGUACUUCUGAGGAGCAAGAACACAUUCUCAGGAAUGCCAAUGCUGGCCUGGACUCAUUCAUCACUAGCUGCAAGCAGAUGCUGAAGGUUACAGCGUUUCAGCUUGGUGAUGCCACCAGACGAGUGGGGUUCCUGCAGGAAGAGGUGAGCUUUUUCCAGCAGCUAGUCACAAGACUGAACCUUGAAAAAGAGUGCUUGCACUCAUCUCUUGCGACUGCAAAAACCAAUUCGCAGUCACUUGAGAAAAAGUGCCAGGCUGCCUGUAGAAUUGAGAAAAUUAAGUUGAAGUUCAAGGAAAGUCAGCACAGGAAGAUGCAGCUGUCUUCGCUUGUCGAGCUACUACAACAGGAAUGCGCAAGCCUGAAAUUGGUUCUUGCGGACAUGAGCGAAAAGCUGUUGUGUCGCGAGCAGGAGCUGGCGUCGGCAGUCAGCGAUCGUGACAACAUGGCAUCACAGGUGAAGGAGCUGGAAGAUGCGCAUGCCCGUCUGAAGCAUGGCAACCAAGCUCUGGAAGAUCGCAUAGACAACCGGGGGAUCGCGCUCAAGCUGCGAAACAAGGCCGACAAACGCACCUGGGACAGCUGUGUAGGACAUCGGAGGAGACUGUUCAUGAGGGCUGAGAGCGACCUGCUCGUGGAGAUGGGCGUCAAGGACACCGCGUCUCAGUGCACCAUCGUGCAAGCGCCGUGCACCCUGCAAGGAGCCUGGUGCCAGACGGAGCUCGUAUCGAGGGGCACCAGACGCUUGCUGAUAUACAGGCUGCAGAGUGAAAUGGAAGAGACCACAGCCAGGAUGCAGACAAAAGGCAACGCCAUGAAGGCCACCAUAGUGCAGCUGGACGAAGCAAAGGCAACACUCGUGGCAGAGGGGUCGCAACAGAACAACAGGAGCACGCAGCUGAACAUUCGCAUCUCUGGUCAGGAGAACGAGCUGCAGCUGACGAAGACCACAACUGCCACGCUUGAGUGUCGGCUUUCUAUUCAAGCAAGUCAUUCUGAAACGCUUCGCCAACAGCUCACCGACAAGGACCAGCAGAUUGCUGCACUUGACGAGAAGUCAGCUGCUUCUGAUGCCAUGAACCAGGAGCUACUCAAGUCAAACGCCGAGCUGAACGCAGCUUUACGAACAUCGGAAGUGGAAAAUGUGGCACAGGCCGAAAGGAUGCGUGAAGUCGUAGCAGAGAACACGAAGCAUCUGGAUGCAUUGUUGCAACAGAAUUCAAAGCUGCUUGCUCCGGACACAACACUUAGGAAUCUGGAGUCGAAGCUUACAGACGCGGUACGAAGAAGUGAAUUGCUGUCAUGCCAACUGACAUCCAAACUUGAGGAAGCCAUUGCUACGCUGCGCAUUGAACUGGGGAUAAGUUGGUCUCGCUGCACAGAGCUGGAGCAACAGCUGAAUCAGGCUGGAUGCGAGAAAGAGUCUCAGUUAUCGCGACUUCUGGAACUACAGUAUGAGCUGAACAGUGUUACGCGCAGAGCAGACCAGCUUCAAGCACGGGCACAGGAGCUUGAAGUCUCCAAGCAACAGCUGGACAAACUCUGCUCCGAGCUUCAGCAUAUGCUGAGUGAGAGUGAGUGCCAAAACGGAAAGGUAGAUAAAGCUACUGCAGAAUGCGCCAAGCUUGAACAGUGCAUUCAGAAGAGCGCAGCUGAAAAGGCUGAACUACAGGUUCGCAUGGAGAACGAAGCACAGGUUGUUCAUGCGCACAAAGAAAAGUAUGCUGAGCAUGUGGCUGCGAAUGAAAACCUCUGCAGUGUAAAUGCAGCAUUCAAGACUACCAUCGAGGAAGCCAAGCUCAAAAUGGAGCACCUCGAAGCCAGGAUUAAAGAGAUGAAGAACGAGAACUGUGCACCACGGAACAAUCUUGAGGAGAAAGGUCAGAGACGGGAUACCUUGCUAGCAGAAAAGCAAAUGCUGCAGCUGAAACUGUCUGAAGCAAGUGCUGCCUGCGGCGCUCUUCAGAAGGAAGUGUCCGAGGUUAGGACAAAGCUGCGUGCUUCUGCUGCGUGCCAGGCUGCUGCCUGUACCAUUGACGAAAUCAGGUUGAAGUUCAAGGAAAUUCAGCACAGGCAGAUGCAGCUGUCAUCGCUUGUCGAGCAGCUAAAACAGGAAUGCGGCAGCCUGAAACUGGGUCUUGCGGACAUGAGCGAAAAGCUGUUGUGUCGCGAGCAGGAGCUGGCGUCGGCAGUCAGCGAUCGUGACAACAUGGCAUCACAGGUGAAGGAGCUGGAAGAUGCGCAUGCCCGUCUGAAGCAUGACAACCAAGCUCUGGAAUAUCGCAUGGAGCCCAAAGGCCGAAUAGCGGUGCAGCAAGAAGACGAGGUGCGAGCCCUCGUGCAGAGGCUGCGGGAAAUAAGAUCUUCCGGCAAGCGAGAGCUUCGCAGGCUGAGAAGCGAAGAGGCAGACCUCGGCCACAGGUUGGAACAGCCUGCAUUUGCUUUCGGCAACGGGGGCGCCGUACCAUCGCAAGAGGAGCUGCACGAGCUGUGGGAACGUCUGCACGCUCUCGAACAGCAAAAGGUCUGCACCCAGUAA